AUGGGGAACUGUUGCGCCUCGCCGGCCGUCGGGUCCGGGAAGAAGCCAAGGCCGCAGAUGAAGCCGAAUCCCUUCGCGUUGGACUACAACAAGACCCCCGCCCCUGGCAGCAAGGUCACCGUGCUGAGGGAUCCCACGGGAAGGGACAUCGGGGAGCGGUACGACCUCGGGCGGGAGCUGGGGCGAGGCGAAUUCGGCAUUACUUACCUCUGCACAGACAGGACCUUGGGGGAGGUCCUCGCCUGCAAGUCCAUCUCCAAGAAGAAGCUCAGGACAACCGUCGAUAUCGAAGAUGUGCGGCGGGAGGUGGACAUCAUGAGGCAUCUGCCGAGCCACCCCAACAUCGUAAGCCUCAAGGAUACGUACGAGGACGACAGCGCUGUUCACCUCGUAAUGGAGCUGUGCGAGGGAGGGGAACUCUUCGACCGCAUCGUCGCUAGGGGGCACUACACGGAGCGGGCAGCGGCAGAGAUCACCCGGACCGUCGUCGAGGUUGUCCAGGUCAGUCAUCCGGAACUUGAAAUUCUCAGUGAGAUGAAACAUAUUCCGGCAAUUCGAUUUUGGCUACAAAGUCCUCGAGGAUCUUCAUAAUUGAGUCAACUUUCUACUCCUGAUCAGCCUCAGAGAUAAUUCAACUCAUCGAAUCGUUUGCUAUUUAGCUCUUACACUGUCCAAUCUUUGCGAGUGUGAGAGACUGUCUUGUCGUCUGUACGUAUGCUAGGAUCCCUUUGGAUCAAGCUCCAUAAACAGCAUCCAUGUUUAUCUUUUGUUAUGUGAAAUUGAUAGAUUUUUUUUGCAGCAGUUAUAUGGUCUUCUUACUUUAGAGGACUUCAUAAAUUGCGAUUGAUUUUAAAGAUAUAAUAUUUGUUUGCUUUACUCGCAGUCUCAGACUCGCAAUUUCUUCUAAAUUCUGUCACAGAUGUGCCACAGACAUGGUGUAAUCCAUCGAGAUCUCAAACCCGAAAACUUCUUGUUUGCCAACAAGAAGGAAACAUCUCCACUAAAGGUCAUUGAUUUCGGGCUCUCAGUGAUGUUUAAACCUGGUAUGACCACAGAACUUUCUCCGCAUCAAGUUAGUCUGUUAUCUACAUAAAUUGACCCAGGUUAAAUUUGCACGUAUCUCUGAGCAUUAUUAAUAUGUGCAAGUGUUGCGUUUAUAUAACGCCAUUAUCCCUCUGAAUCUCGGAUGGUUUGCUUCCAAUUCUGUCAAAUGUUUCAGUUCAAGGCAAGCGUACUUAUCUGUUUGCAAUCUGCUUCCUGUUGCAGGUGAGAGAUUUACUGAGAUUGUGGGUAGCCCUUACUACAUGGCGCCAGAGGUCCUGAAACGAAACUACGGACCUGAAGUUGACGUGUGGAGUGCAGGCGUGAUCCUUUACAUUCUUCUUUGUGGAGUGCCACCGUUUUGGGCAGGUCAUUUCCGUUACUUGAGUUGGGGAAUACUCCAAACUUGUUCUUGUGACAUCUUCUUGCUUUAUUUCAGUUGCAACCGCCAUUUAUUUGUGAUUUCUUACGCCUGGAUUUCUCUUAAAACUACCUUUUUUUCAUUCUUGUCCAGAAUCGGAGCAGGGAAUCGCCCAAGCAAUUAUCCGUUCUAUCAUAGACUUUAAGAGAGAUCCAUGGCCAAAGGUCUCUGACAAUGCCAAAGACCUUGUCCGGCGGAUGCUUGAGCCAGAUCCUACUAAGCGUCUAACAGCCCAGGAAGUGCUUGGUAAUGUGCACAUCCUUUUUGUAUUUAUUUUUUUCGCGGAUUGAAGGUUUUAUUUGGUAGAUCAAUGACAAUUUAGAUCAAUGAAACAUCCUUUUAUAUAGUAGAUCAAGGAAAAUGUUUCAAUUAAUCGUGUGUGUUUGUGCAAUUUUUGAGGUAGGUGGAGAUGAUGUUCUCAAAACUUAUAUGAUUUUACCAACUAUCUAGUGCUAAAUGUAACUGCGGUUCAAUAUCUCAUGGAAUCUCAGCCGACUAGUAGCAUUCCGGUAUUGCAUUUACAUGUGUUUGUUAAACCUCAUACGUUUUGUUCGUCAUUAGGAUGCCAUUAAAAAAUAAAUAAGACGAACACCGUUUCGUUCAAACGACUUUCAAGAAACCCUUACUUGCUUUUAAUCGAUCACCAUCCCUUCCAAAUUGUUUCAGAUCACCCAUUUCUGGUGAAUGCCAAAAAGGCUCCCAACGUUAACCUAGGAGAAACUGUUCGUGCAAGACUCCAACAAUUUUCUGUGAUGAACAAAUUCAAAAAGAAGGCUCUCAGAGUAAGCCUUGGAUUCCUCUGUUUCCAAACAUAGCCUUACCUUUGCAGAUGCGCCAUUGAUUCCUGUUCUGUGCACUGAGCGAGAGCUGAAAGAUCAUCGUCUGUUGCUGCAGGUGAUUGCCGAGCAUUUAUCUGUGGAGGAAGUAGCUGGAAUAAAAGAAAUGUUCCAAAUGAUGGAUGUGCACAACAAUGGAAAUAUAACCCUGGAGGAAUUAAAAUCCGGUCUCCACAAAAUUGGGCAGCAUAUUCCAGAUCCUGAUGUUCAGAUAUUGAUGGAAGCUGUAAGAAUCCUACCAUAAUAUUGCUUCAGUUUCUUGGCAACUUAUCUGCUGAAUUGAAUGAUCCUUAGCUCCGAAAAUGCACAUCUCCUUGUCGAUUCCUUCCUCCUGGCCUCUAAAGAUGAUCAAUCGAGAAGCUGAUAAUGGGUUGGAUUAUUGUGAUGCGACAGGCUGACGUUGAUGGGAAUGGGACGCUGGAUUAUGGGGAGUUCGUCGCUGUUUCGAUCCAUCUGAAGAAGAUUGGGAAUGAUGAUCAUCUGCGGCAAGCUUUUUCAUACUUUGAUAAGAACAGCACCGGGUAUAUAGAAAUCGAGGAGCUCCGGGAGUCUCUGGCCGAUGACUUGGGCCUGAAUUAUGAGGAGGUCAUCAAGUCUAUCAUCCACGAUGUGGACACUGACAAGGUCAGCUGCAACCUGCACUUUCUUCCCUUUAUAUUGCUUUCAUUGCCAUAAUUCAUAUCACCCAUUUACUGAAAUUACCCUAGCCACUGUUUCUUUUGACUUGGGAUAGAAAUAGCGAGAGAGAGAGAGAGAGAGAGAUCAGAAUUGGCUCAAGCUCUCUGUUCGGCUAGUCAGAGUCACUCAAACAUAAAUCCUCUUUAUGUUCCUUUAGUGCCAACAGCUGAAAUUAGCCUGUCAGCUGUUCUUUCAGUGAAUGGGCCUAGAGAGAGAGAGAGAGAGAGUAGUCAGCUGUUCUCUUUGCAUCGCUUUCAUAGUCAUCAUCUAUGUAUCUUUGAAACCAUAUAUAGAUACACAUAGAGAGAGAGAGAGAGAGAGAGAGAGAGAGAGAGAGGAAGUUAGAGCCACUUAAAGAUGAGAUUCCUGGUGCAGGAUGGCCGAAUAAGCUACGAGGAGUUCACGGCAAUGAUGAAGGCGGGCACAGACUGGAGGAAGGCCUCCCGUCAGUACUCCAGGGAGCGGUUCAACAACUUGAGCCUCAAAUUGAUCAAGGAUGGAUCUCUCCAAUCGACACGUGGCGGCAAAUGA